AUGCCACAUAGCGCCAGCCAAGACGAAUACCGUCUCGGAGCAGAUGUAGGCGGCACCUUUACAGAUAUCUGCGCCUUCACGCCCGACGGCCAAAUCACAAGAGCUAAAGUGCCGACCACUGUUCAUAAUCAAAGCAUUGGCAUCAAGAAUGGAAUUCGGAAGGUGCAACAAAAACUCAAAGCGCGCUAUUCCUGGGACGGGAAGUUCCAGUUCAUCCAUCAUGGUACAACCACUGCGACAAACGCUGUUCUCGAAGGCAAAGGAGCACGUACGGGUCUUAUUGUGACUUCAGGUCACAAAGACAUUCUAGCCGUUCGCCGAUCACAGAUACCCGGUGGUCUGGGGGCCUGGUUACACUAUACUCCUCCGGAACCAAUUGUGCCUCUAGAGCGCGUGAUACAGUGUCAGGAGCGUAUGUCUGUUGAUGGGAAGACGGUUAUCGCCGUGGAUAUUAAUACUCUCCGUGCUGAUUUGAAAGCAUGGAAUAAUGAACGGCCUGAGGCUGUGGCGAUCUCAUUGCUUAAUUCGCAUUGCAAUAGCGAGCAUGAGUUGUUAGUGGCUAAUGUAGUGCGUGAGGAGCUCGGAUCUGAAGUGACUGUUAUCUGCUCUAGCGAUGUCCUCAGAGAGGUUGGCGAGUACGAGCGAACAGUCACUACCUGCACCAAUGCACUUGUCAAACCCGUUGUUCAGAACUAUCUUAGUAAUUUGCAGGACUUACUUGCCGAGGAUGGAAAUAUAAUUCGCAUUCUCAAGUCAGACGGUGGUCUGACUAGCUUGGAUAUGGCGGGCGAGUUACCCGUCAAUAUUUUAAUGUCUGGUCCCGCGGGGGGCGUUCAAGGUGUUGCGGACGUCGUCGCGCGGAACACCCCGUAUAAGAAUCUGAUUACUUUCGAUAUGGGCGGAACGUCAACAGAUUGCGCCCUAAUCCACCAAGGGAAGCCUCAGCUGCGUCGCGAGACGAUGGUAGGCCAGCUCACCGUUCGCUCGCCCGCAGUGGACAUCCGGACUGUGGGAGCAGGAGGCGGCUCUAUUGCUAAAUACAUGGACAUCACUGAAACUAUGAGAGUCGGGCCGGAGAGCGCAGGGGCGAGUCCAGGACCCGCAUGCUAUCGCAUGGGAGGGAAUGAAGCCACGGUCACCGACGCCAAUCUUGUUCUGGGAUAUCUACCGGAGAAUCUCCUGGGAGGCGAAUUUACUUUGGACGUGGAGGCUGCAAUGGCCGCAGUUGGAGAUGUCGCUAAACAGAUGAAUCUGUCGGUUACCCAAACCGCCGAGGACAUUAUUAAUCUGGUUAACGAGACCAUGUACGGAGCGCUACGUCUAGUCUCAGUUGAACAGGGCUAUGACCCGAAGGAUUUCGCUCUUGUUGCUUUUGGAGGAGCAGGCCCACUGCACGCUAACGCCGUGGGCAAGCUCCUCGACGCUUGGCCAGUUAUUGUUCCCCCAUCUCCAGGCACUCUGUGCGCCCUGGGUGAUGCUACCACUAGGCUGAGUCACUCUCAGUCAUCGUCUUUCAUCUGCUUACUCUCCUCCACAACGCCGCAGGAGGUAAGAAGCCGAUUUAGCACGCUCGAGGAAGCAUGCAGGGAAACUAUGCAAAACUCAAACGCAAACCAGCCGAUGCAGCUAAACAUCAGCUAUCAUGUGGAUCUUAGAUAUCGAGGCCAAGCAUUGAACUUAACAAUCGAUCUGAAGGCACAGGAUCUGUUGCUGGAAGAUAAGUCUUGGCGAGCGCUCCUGCAAGCAAAAUUUGACCAUGUGCAUGAACAGCAGUUCAAAUACUGUCUUCCAAAUUUUGAGCUGGAGCUGAUGCGCCUCGAGAUCGUUGCAGUUGACGCUUCGCCAAGCAUUGAGCUUCCUCAGCUCAGCAAGGCCGACUCAAAUAAGCCACCUGCCAAUGCAAUGGUCUCAAAGAAACAGAUAGUCAUAGAAGGAGAGACGAUGGUGGCUACGCUAUGGGAUCGGGAGAAAAUAAGCCACCAGGGUGUACGUGUGGACGGCCCCUGCAUCAUUACUGAAAUGGACAGCAACACCCUGAUCCUUCCCGGAUACUACGGUGAAAUCGAUUCUAUCGGAAACAUUCUUAUACGCCCAGCCGAUAACAUAACGAGAGAGCAACCAAAAGACCAGACUGCUGAGGCGGCUUUGGAGACAGUGCAAUCGACACCACUGAUUCCCACGCUAGUUGCGUCUGCCUUGGCCUCUAUUCGCAGCGAGAUGGACACUCUCAUGCUCCGUUGUAGCAUGUCUCCGGCGAUUCGUGAGCAGCAGGAUGAAUUUAACGUUAUUACCACUGCCGAUGGCAAAAUGCUUGUUGGCCAGUUUGGCAGUUUCAUCACCCAAUUCCUGGGCGUGUGGAAAGGCACGAUCGAGGAAGGGGAUGUGUUUAUUACCAACGACACUUAUAUGAUUGAAGGAGCUGUGACCCACUUAAACGACGUGAUCGUUCUGUUGCCCAUCUUCUAUGAGCACAGACUGAUUGGAUGGGCAUCGCAGUUCGGGCACUUGACUGAUGUCGGAGGAAUGGUCCCGGGCAGUAUGUCAAUUAAUGCGUCAUCCAUUUUUGACGACGGCGUCCAGAUCCCGUGUAUUAAACUCUAUGCUAGAGGUACCAUGAACACCGACCUCGUCGAUUUGCUCUGUCGUAACUCGCGACAGCCCGACUGGUACAGGUCUGACUUGAUGGCUAUUAUCACUGCUUGCCGAACUGCUGCCAGCCGUAUUUGUGAGCUUGUCACGCGGUUCGGAUGCGAGGUCUAUCUUGCGGCUUGCUCUGAACUGCUACUGCGUAAUCGCACAGGAAUGGCCAGGAUUAUUGACACAGAUUUUGACGACGAACCAUGCACGUUUACUGAUUUCGUGGAUGAUGAUGGUCACGGCAUUGGCCCUUGGGCCUUGACCUGCACAAUGAAGAAGACUGACGGGAGGUUGUUGUUCGACUGGAGUGGAACCUCUCCGCAGAGCGAGCACAGCAUCAAUUUUUAUCUAUCGGAGACUAUGUUUAAGAUGUUUAUCGGCUACUAUAUGAUCGCAGCAGCUGCACCAGGCACGGUGAUCAACGAUGGCUUCCAUGACCUAAUUGAUAUCUAUAUCCCCGAGGGCAGCGUCCUGAAACCUGUCCGACCAGCACCUAUUUCCUGCCGUACUCAUAUGCUCGGCAGAACAAUGGACGUAAUGCAGGCGCUUAUCGGCCAGAAGAGCCCGUUAUAUGCAGCUGCCGCUGGCUUUAGUGACUCUCCCCAUUUCUUCUACUCCGGGUACAAACCAGACGGAGAAUGGUAUCAGUUGUACCAGAUUGGCUUCGGUGGUGUUCCCGCACGGCAUGCUGGUGACGGCCUUGACUGCCAUUGUCUUUUCCCAGCUAUUAAGUCAAUUCCAACAGAGAGCAUCGAACUGAACUACCCCUUACGCAUCGAAGCCAACGAGAGUGUCGCGGACAGUGGCGGACCUGGAUACUACCGUGGUGGCAACGCACAACGCACUCUCUACCGAUUCCUGUGUCGGGGAGAGUUCAGUCUGCACGAUGAUCGUUGGUUCAUGAAGCCGUGGGGAAUCCGCGGCGGAAAGCCAGGCUCGCGUUCGCGGAAGGUCCUCUAUAGAUACUCUAAGUCCCAAGAAAACCCGCCAGUGGAAGUCCUUCCCUCGAAAUGCGACCACAUUCGCGUUGACCCAAAUGACCUUCUUGAGUGGGUGACAUGGGGAGGUGGUGGGCUCGGAGAUCCAUUGACUCGUCCCGCGGAGAAGGUUGCACUGGAAGUCCGUCGCCGAUUAGUGACCAUUAAGGGUGCCUACGACAAUUACGGCGUAGUUGUCGAUCCUAAUGAUCUUAGCGUGUGUGAAGCCGAGACCGAAGCCUUGAGAAAGGAUAUGAUGGCUGCGCGGGAUCCGGCGGAAAAGACUCUAGAGUAUGAUAGAGGCGGUACUAUGGAGGAAUUGAGAAAGUCUUGUUUGAAGGAGACCGGGCUUCCUGUACCGAGUCCGCAAUGGGAGUUGGAGCCUUAUGGGCCACAUGUGCAGCUUCCAUAUGUCAAGGAGUGGUUCUUGCGGAUGAAAGAGGCAAAAGGAUGGGAGUUGUAG